AUGACGGCCGAACACGAAGGAGCUACUGCGAGACCACUAUUGCCUGCUAAGAGCGACUCACUCGCUUCGUGGCACGGCAAUGUUUUACGUCUGAAGUGCUUCCAAUUCGACCGAGUAAUCCGGAAGAGCGUUGGUGGUGGCCAUCCACGGAGUUCACCGAGUGACUUCGAUAUUAUUUAUGAUGAUGGAGGCUGUUUUCGUUUCUUGGAGCUGGAGGAAUUAGAAGUGGUUUCAACUGUAAUCAGAGCGCUGCCGCGCUGUCUGGGUUCCUACGAUUUGCGAUUCAAUGACGCUCGAAAGACGCGCGACAUUCUUGACCUUUCCGCAUUACCAACAAGUGCUCGUCGCGAGGUGCAACGGCUACUUGCGAACGAAGUUUUAUUCUAUGUGCACGCUGGCCCAUCUUCCACUCAAGCUCCGACUGAUGCAUGUGUGCUGGACUAUGACAUUACCAACCCCAAGUCUUUUGAGAAGCUGGACACGUGGCGAGACGAGUUCUUGGCACAGGCAGGACCAAGAGACUCGGAUGCCUUUCCGUUUAUUGUACUGGGUAACAAGGUGGACAAGGAGUCGGAACGAAGAGUUCCCAAGGAGAAGGCGCACGAGUGGUGCCGUGGAAAGAACGUCCAACAGCCAAUUCAGCACUAUGAAACAAGUGCGAAAGAAGCGACGAGUGUGGAAGAAGCGUUUCAGACAAUUGCUGCUUCGGCUUUGCACAAGGGCCAUGAAGACGAUAUUUACGUACCUGAAACGAUUGAUCUCAGUUGCACAUCAUCGAAGCGGGAGAGCUCUUCAUGCUGCUAA